AUGGCGGAUAGUCGCGAGCGGAUCCGGGCACCGCCGCGGGACGGCCGGGAAGGUUUCACCAGUCCCCGGCAGGUGCUGAGGCGGCUGAUGCUGCUGUCCGAGGGUCGCCAGUAUCGCGAGGCCGCCACCGUCGUCGGACGUCUCGGGCCGUCCGUGUUGCGCUCGGUCGUCGCCGAACUUCCGAUGGACAUUCUGAUCGAGGCGCUGCCCCACAGCACCUACCUGCUGGAGUCGUUCUUCAACCGACUUAAUGCCGUCGUGGCCACACCGCGGCCGGAUGUCCCAUGCGAGGCCAUCAUGUGGCAUAUGGUGAAGCUGUUCAGCAACCCACACGAGACGGGGCUCAGGCAGCGGUGCACCAAGCUCGCCCAGGCCAUCGGAAUAUGGCAGCCGUCGUUGCGUGACUCGCUGCUGGCCCGCCGAAAACAGCUCGACCAGGCCAUCCAGGGGCUUGGCGUGCACGGACUGACGGCGGACCAAACCGGUAGCCUCAUCUCGCUGCACGUGGCGCUGAAGAACGAGCUGCAGCGGCACAUCGACACGUACAAGACUGCCAUCCACAAGCUGGAGGAGCUAAGCCCGGUCACGGCCAACCAAGACCCGGCCCAGUCCUCCCACCAGCGCCUCCUGGCGAUCAACUACGGUGACAUCCAGCAGCGGCUGAUCGACAACAAAACGCUGCUGACCAUGCUCGACAAGCCCGCCCUGAAGCAGCUCGGGCUGCUGGUGGAAAAUCUGUCCCAGCGCGUCCAGAACGACAAGGAAGUGCUGUUCUGCGUCGGUCAGAUCCGGCGUACCGACACGACCGCAAACACCGAGGAGCGCCCGGCGGCCGGACUGCUGAUGAACUACUCGCGCGGCUGCGAAACCGUGCUGGGUCUGAUGGGACCGCUGGCGAUGCCUCCGGCCAGUCCCACCAGCAACAGUCCCGGAUGCAACAGCAGCAGCGGCGGAAGUGACGGUUACCACUCCGACUCCGAUGUGGACGAAACUAACUCCGAAUUGGUGCGACAGUAUAGCGUGAUGUACAGCAAAAACAGAAUCGACACGCUGGACUCGUUGAAUGCGCUCCCGCAGCUCAAGCACGCUCAUCAGCUGAAGGCCAAGAUACUGUUCUCCAUCAUCGUGCUAGCGUUCCGUGCAUGCCACGGUCUAAAAGAACGCAAAGUGCUCGAAGUACGGAGAACGUUGUACGUGCUGGAUGCCAACGAUGACGCCACGGCCGCCCUGGAUCGGGCCGUGCGCCAGCAGCUAAAGGAGACGGCGGACCGCUUCCCGAUGGGUGACGUCGAGCGGCAGGUUGCCAAUCAGGUCCUGUCCACGCUGCACGAGUACCCUUGCCUGGAGGCCUGCAUACCGCUGAUACACUACAUCAGCGACUGUGUGCGAUUAGCGUGGCGCAUGGUCAACCAGACCAACCCGUACUAUCUCGACACAGACUUUACGCUCGGACUUCUACAACCGGAGAAGCACGAACGGUACCCGAUAUCGGAGAAACGGUCCGACAUCAUCCGUGCCUUCCUGUGGCCAGCUCUGAUGCAGAAUGGACACUGCGUGUAUAAAGCCGUCGUCGCCACCUGA